ACGGAAAAAGGUUCAAGAUACUCACUACCGCCGCCGCGACUCCUACAAACUGGUGAGAAUUCGUUUUCUUCCUUUUUUUUUUAGCCUUUUUUCUCUUGCAUAUUUUAGCGAUCUAGAAAGAAUCUGCAUCGUCAUAGUGUCCCAGGGGAGGACAACAUCUACAUCGUCAUUGUUUCUGUUCUCCAUUGAAACCUCAUCAAUAGUUUUUUUAAUUGUCUCAAUAUACUCGCUGUCCAACAGAAAAGACGUAUUGAGUUUCCAGAAACCCGGGCCUCUAGGGCUAUUAUUACCAGCAAGGUGGAUUGUAAUGAGGGGAUGAUCGGUCAUAUAACCCGGUAAAAUUUCUGCAUUUGUGAUUGCUGUGAUUAAGCUUGAACUGAUCAUAAAAUAGUCGAGACGACAGUGCACUUCAGGUUAAGUUCUCCGCCAGGUAAAACGCUUACCGUCUGGAUUUAGGGUUCGCAACACAUCUAUCAAGUCCAGCGAGUUUGCUAUGUUCUGAACCUCUUUAAGCGAAUUUCUCUGCGUUGUCGCGUUUCCUCAUUUUUUAUCCUUCUGAACCUCCUUGACCAGAUUAGAGUCUCCUCCCAUACUAAUUUCUUCACAUUCAAAAGAGAGCAGAUGAUCGAGAAGAUUUGGGGAAAAAGUAGGAUUGUCUUUGUUCGGUGCAUAAAUGUUAACCAAAGUUAAAACCUUGUUAUCUAUUUUCAUGUCUAUAAUAACAAAUCUUCCUUCUUGAUCAGAAUAUUGCCUGAUUAUUUCUAAUUCUCGGAAAGUUAUUGUUAAAUAAUAUACAGACUCCGGCGCUUAUUUUAACUGAACACUAUUUUUUAAUGACAUGCAUUUUCAUAGAUGGUAAAAAAAUGGCACAUAAAAAGAAUAAAAACGAAUUUUACGACUUUUAGGAAAAGUGUGGUUUAGUAAAACACUCAUAAUGCUUUGCCCAAGCAAGUUAGUUCUCUAACAAAACAGAUGAUUCGAGAAAGCUGUUCACAAUGAUUAUAACAAAAGGCUUGAGUGUGGGUUAAGAGUCAAUUACGCAAUAUGCUGAUAAAUUAAAAGACGGAGAAACCCAAACAACAUUUCUGCGUGGAAUCUAGGAAGAUUAGAAAGAGUUACACAAGUAACGAUAACCAAAUGAAAGUUUGAUGUGCGUAGUGUUUAGCAACAGUUAGAGAAACUUAUAAUUAUCAUUAAAGGGAAACUUCUAAUGUAAAUGUUCACGAUGUAGACUGUGAUGCCUGAUGCUAUCCGUAUGUAUGCUUCAGCAAAUAUUUUCAGACAUUCUAAAUGCAUUAACUAUAUCAAUACAAGAGAGAAAAUGUAAUUUAGAAUCUACAGUCUAUUAGGAAGAUAAAUAACAUUCUAAAGUAAUUCAAAAACGUGUUUGUGUAACUUGAGGUCCUAUUAUUUGCAAACCUGACAUCGAAUCUCGUGACUUAAAUACUUAAUUCACCUGCUAAUUUUUAUUCAUGCUCCUUAAAAAAUUGAGACCGUCGUUGAAAUAUAAUUUUGAAAAAAAAAACAAAACAAAACAAAACAAAAACGUGUAAGACUUAAAUGCUUCUCCAUUCGAUCACCUACUAAAAAGUAACCAUGCAACUACAUCAUUGAAUUUGCUUUUUCUUCAAUAUAGGAUUUUUUUUUUUUAAACCUCCACAAAAAAAAUAACUAUUGAUUCUUUUUUUUUUUUGAUCAGGGUACUAAAUAUUUUAAAAUUUAGGAUAAAGAGUAGAAAACAUUGAUACAGCGUUAAGCACUCCUUUGAAAAUUUUGUUCUGUUCUAUCUUACAUUUUCGGCACAAUUUUUUGUUGAUGUAAAAAAGUUGCUUUAUUAAAAAGGAAAAUAUUACUGUGCGGGGGCGCCCCUGGCUGAGUCUGACCGGAAGCGAAAUGACCGGUGGUCAAAGUGUUUAUUUCAAAAAAUUAGUUUAGAAUGCCAACUUUUGAUGAUCAAUUUACUCUGCUAUAUGAAUUUAAUACCCUAAAACUAAUGCAUUUUACUAAUGGCAACAUUUUGCAGUGUGUUUGUUUUUAAUAAUUAAUUAAUAUUAAAUUUGCAACUCUCCACUAAUGCAUCACAUUUUGGAAAUUUGUAUAGACUACGGUCUGUAAAAGACGUCAACAAACGAUUUUUUGCUUUCUUUCCCAUUUUGGAUGUGGUUUUUGUUUUGUUUUUGUUAUUGUUUCAAGUCGAUCUGCAUUUUAACUAGCCGAAAAAAACGACGCAAAUUUACUUCAUGUUGUCGCCGUUGUAGUUGUUUAUUUGUUUAUUAGAAGCUCCUGAAGGUAAAUAUGCCGUUGUUUUGGUUAGGAGAAAGAAAAAAGAAACCAAUCAAUGAGCCAAAGAAAACGAAAACAAACUGUGAAUAAAGCUUAAAAUUUUCUUUUUGUGUUGGAACUUUAAAAAAAAGCCUCAUUUAUUUAUUUAUUAAGUCAAUUUCAGAAUAAUUAUUUUAAAUGGAACAGAAACCAGGGGCUUCCGAUAUUUUCGUGUAGC